AACUUUAACAUGCCUCGUAGCCCUACAUCAAGUGAAGAUGAAAUGGCACAAAGCUUCUCUGACUAUUCUGUUGAGUCUGAAUCAGACAGCUCCAAAGAAGAAACUAUUUAUGACACAAUUAGAGCAACUGCAGAAAAACCAAGCAGCAGAAUGGAAGACAGUCAGAGCAACACUUUAGUGAUUCGAAUUAUCAUACCUGACCUGCAGCAAACGAAAUGCAUUAGAUUUAACCCAGAAGCUUCAGUGUGGGUUGCAAAGCAGCGGAUUUUGUGCACUUUGAACCAGAGUUUGAAAGAUGUCCUGAAUUAUGGACUGUUCCAGCCUGCAAGCAAUGGAAGAGAUGGGAAGUUUUUGGAUGAGGAGCGACUUCUGAGGGAAUACCCACAGCCGGUCAAUAAAGGAGUGCCUUCACUCGAGUUUCGCUACAAGAAAAGAGUGUACAGACAGUUCAACCUUGAUGAAAAGCAGCUGGCCAAGCUUCACACAAAGGCCAAUUUGAAAAAAUUUAUGGAUCAUGUCCAUCAUCUCUCUGUGGAAAAAAUGACCAAGAUGUUGGACCGAGGACUGGACCCAAACUAUCAUGACUUAGAAAGCGGAGAAACACCCCUAACUUUGGCAACUCAGCUUGACAAUACAGUAGAAGUGAUAAAAGCCCUGAAAAAUGGAGGAGCACAUUUAGACUUCAGAGCCAAGGAUGGAAUGACAGCUCUGCACAAAGCUGCCAGAGCCAAGAACCAAGUAGCCCUCAAGACCCUUUUAGAGCUGGGAGCAUCUCCCAACUACAAGGACAGCUGUGGCCUGACCCCACUGUACCACACGGCCGUGGUGGGAGGAGAUCCUUUCUGCUGUGAGCUCUUACUCCAUGAACAUGCUACAGUCAGCUGCAAGGAUGAAAAUGGAUGGCAAGAAAUUCAUCAGGCUUGCAGGUAUGGACACGUCCAACACCUGGAGCAUCUCCUGUUCUACGGUGCUGACAUGUGUGCACAGAACGCCUCGGGGAACACGGCCCUGCACAUCUGUGCCCUCUACAACCAGGAGAGCUGUGCGAGGGUGCUGCUAUUCCGGGGAGCCAACAAAGAGAUCAAGAAUUAUAACAGCCAGUCUCCAUUUCAGGUGGCUAUAAUAGCAGGAAAUUUUGAGCUUGCUGAAUACAUCAAGAAUCACAGGGAAGCUGAUAUUGGAUCCAGCUUCCUAUAUCCAAGUAGAAGUCCCUGGAAUCCGUUGCUGUCAGUGCCCUUUAGGGAGGCUCCCACCUAUUCCAACAGGAGGAGGAGGCCUCCCAGCACCUUGGCAGCCCCCCGGAUCCUGCUCCGCUCCAACAGCGACAACAACCUGAACAUCAACAACCUCCCCGAGUGGUCGGCCUCUUCCUCUGCCUCUUCACACCGCAGCCUUUCCCCUCACCUGCUCCAACAGAUGCAGAAUAAUCCCAAUGGAACUGUGAAAACUGUGGGGAGUUACACUCCGUCCUCCCGGAGCCGCUCGCCGUCCCUCAACAGGCUGGGAGAGGAUGCCAAAAGGCAGCAACACAGGCACAUCAGUGCCAUAUACAGUCCCAGUGCCAACAAGGAUACUCUGUCUGCCUUGGAUUAUCAGGGUCCCAAAAGGAAGCUCUACAGUGCUGUCCCUGGGAGACUUUUUAUCGUCGUAAAGCCAUAUCAACCUCAAGGGGAAGGGGAAAUUCACCUGCACAAAGGAGAUAGAGUCAAAGUGCUGAGCAUUGGAGAAGGUGGAUUCUGGGAAGGCAGCACCCGGGGACAUAUUGGCUGGUUUCCUGCAGACUGUGUGGAAGAAGUUCAGUGCAAACCAAAUGAAAGCAAACCAGAAACACGAACAGAUAGAACAAAGAAGCUGUUUAGACACUACACGGUUGGAUCCUAUGACAGCUUUGAUGCUUCAAGUGACUGCAUAAUAGAAGAAAAGGCAGUGGUCCUGCAGAAAAAAGACAAUGAAGGAUUUGGAUUUGUGCUCAGAGGGGCAAAAGCUGACACACCAAUUGAAGAAUUCACCCCAACUCCAGCCUUUCCUGCUUUGCAGUACUUGGAAUCUGUGGAUGAAGGGGGAGUAGCAUGGCAAGCUGGCCUGAGAACUGGAGACUUUUUGAUCGAGGUUAAUAAUGAGAAUGUAGUGAAGGUUGGCCACAGGCAGGUGGUGAACAUGAUUCGACAGGGGGGCAAUCACCUUGUGCUGAAGGUUGUCACAGUAACCAGGAAUCUUGACCCAGAUGAUACAGCAAGGAAGAAAGCGCCACCACCUCCUAAGCGAGCUCCAACCACUGCACUGACCCUGCGGUCUAAGUCCAUGACCUCAGAGCUUGAAGAGCUUGAUAAGGUGGAUGAAAUAGUGCCAGUUUCCAAGCCAUCAAGAAUUGCAGACAAUGCAACUGUGGACUCCAGAGUGGCAACUAUAAAACAGCGGCCUUCUAGUAGAUGUUUUCCCUCAGCUACAGAUAUGAAUUCCAUGUAUGAGAGACAGGGUAUUGCAGUGAUGACGCCCACUGUCCCAGGGAGCCCUCAAGGUCCUUUUCUGGGUAUACCUCGGGGUACAAUGAGAAGACAAAAAUCUAUAGGAAUAACAGAGGAAGAGAGGCAGUUUCUGGCCCCUCCUAUGCUGAAGUUUACCAGGAGUCUUUCAAUGCCUGACACCUCUGAAGAUAUCCCACCGCCACCACAGUCCUUACCUCCCUCACCACCACCACCUUCUCCCUCUCUGUACAACUCCCCCAAAUCCCUGACAGCCCGGAGCUACGGAACGAUCAAACCUCCAUUUAACCAGAAUUCAGGUGCAAAAAUCUCUUUGGUUAGGCCCGAGAGCGUGGGGACAAUGAUAAGGGACAAAGGGAUCUAUUACCGGCGGGAACUGGACCGGUACUCCCUAGACUCGGAGGACCUGUACAACCGGAGUGCAGCAGCUCAGGCGAAUUUCAGGAGCAAGAGGGGCCAGAUGCCGGAAAACCCCUAUUCCGAGGUCGGGAAGAUCGCCAGCAAAGCAGUUUAUGUGCCAGCCAAGCCAGCCAGGCGGAAGGGGAUGCUGGUGAAACAAUCCAAUGUGGAGGACAGCCCAGAAAAGACCUGCUCUAUUCCAAUCCCAACCAUCAUCGUCAAAGAGCCAUCCACCAGCAGCAGCGGGAAAAGCAGCCAAGGGAGCAGCAUGGAGAUCGAUCCUCAGUCUUCAGAGCAGCCCGGACAGCUCCGGCCUGAUGACAGCUUGGGAGUCAGCAGUCCGUUUGCAGCAGCCAUCGCAGGGGCCGUGAGGGACAGGGAAAAGAGGCUGGAAGCCAGGCGCAAUUCCCCAGCCUUCCUCUCCACAGACCUGGGAGACGAGGACGUUGGAUUAACCCCACCAACACCACGGAUGAGGCAGUCCAAGUUCAGCGAGGAGGCAAUGUUCAGCAGUGAGGAUGGUUUUAGACAGCUCAUGUCAUCAUCUCCGAUUCCCCCACCCAGAGAGCCUGAAAACCUUUUUAACAGCAACGAGCCCAGCAACCAGAGCGACUCAAGGACAUUGAAUGCUCCAUCCAAAACGAAAGGUACUGACAACAGUAUGGCGUCAGCCAAGCCCACGAGUGCUCCCGGCUCGGACAGCUACGUCCACCCGGUCACAGGGAAGCUGUUGGAUCCAAACUCGCCACUUGCCCUCGCACUCUCUGCCAGGGACAGAGCCAUGAAAGAGCAGACACAGCAGAUUCCAGGCAAAGGGGACGCUGUCAAAACUGACCUUAACAAACCGCUUUACAUCGACACCAAGCUGAGACCCAACAUGGAAACGACUUUUCCUGUUACUGCCACUGUCACCAGGCAAAAUACCCGCGGCCUGUUGAGACGGCAGGAGACUGAGAACAAGUACGAGAUGGAUGCAGGGAAAGAAAAGAAACCUGAGGAGAAGAAGAACAUGUUAAUAAACAUCGUCGAUACCUCGCAGCAAAAAUCAGCUGGCUUGUUGAUGGUGCACACAGUGGACACGGCAAAGUCAGAUGAUAUGCCCGAGGAUGAGGAGGAAAAGGGAGCUGAGAUGGAGCCAAGCCCUGAACACUCCCCGCCGGAGAGGCCAGAGGGCAGCGAGGAAGCGGAGAGCGAGCUGAGCGUCCCUGCCGCGCCCGAGCCCCCAGCUUCCCCCUGCAAAACCAUCGUGGCCACCGGCUCUGUGGACGACCCCGUCAUCCUCCCUUUCCGCAUCCCCCCGCCGCCCCUGGCCUCAGUGGACAUCGACGAGGAGUUUCUGUUCACCGAGCCGCUGCCCCCUCCCUUGGAGUUUGCCAACAGCUUCGACAUCCCCGACGACCGCGCAGCGCCCGGCUCGGCGCUGACAGACCUGAUGGCGCAGAGGAAGAAUGGCACCCCUUCACCCAGCCAGCCAGCAAACUCCUUGGAUGGCAAAAAGCAAGCAGGUCUCUCAAACUGUUUGCCUGCCUCCUUCCUGCCACCCCCUGACAGCUUUGACAACGUCACCGACUCUGGGAUUGAGGAAGUUGACAGUCGGAGCAGCAGUGACCAUCACCUAGAGACAACCAGCACUAUCUCAACGGUGUCCAGCAUCUCUACCUUAUCCUCGGAAGGAGGGGAGAACGUGGAUACUUGUACAGUCUAUGCAGAUGGGCAAACAUUUCUGGUGGACAAACCCCCAGUACCUCCUAAGCCAAAAAUGAAGCCCAUAAUCAACAAAAGCAAUGCACUUUACAAGGACGCGCUGAUCGAGGAAACUGUAGACAGCUUUGUGAUCCCUCCUCCCGCUCCGCCCCCACCUCCCAUCAGUGCCCAGCCCAACCUGGCAAAAGUUGUCCCCCAAAGGACAUCCAAGCUAUGGGGGGACGUGCCGGAGGUGAAAAGCCCGAUUCUCUCAGGCCCCAAGGCUAAUGUCAUUAGUGAAUUGAACUCAAUACUCCAGCAAAUGAACAGAGAGAAGUCCUCAAAGCCAGGGGAGGGAUUGGAGUCACCGACUGGAACGAAAACUGCGAGUCUCAGUACAAGGAGCACGGAAGUCAUGAGUACUGUCUCAGGUACACGAAGUACAACAAUCACUUUCACUGUCCGACCCGGAGCCAGCCAGCCGAUCACACUGCAGAGCAGGUCCCCAGACUAUGACAGCAGGACCUCAGGAGCAAGGCACGCUCCCAGCCCUGUGGUUUCACCAACAGAGAUUAAUAAAGACAUCCUGCCUGCUCCUCUGACUGCUUCUGCUUCAGCCUCAUCUCCUUCUCCAACUCUGUCCGAUGUAUUUAGCCUACCCAGCCAGCCCCCUUCUGGGGACUUAUUUGGCUUGACCACAGGGCGCAGCAGGUCUCCUUCUCCCUCAAUAUUACAACAGCCAAUCUCAAAUAAGCCUUUUACAACUAAGCCUGUCCACCUGUGGACUAAACCAGAUGUGGCAGAUUGGUUGGAAAGUCUAAACUUAGGUGAACAUAAAGAAACAUUUAUGGACAAUGAAAUAGAUGGCACACAUUUACCAAAUCUACAGAAGGAAGAUCUGAUAGACCUUGGAGUGACUAGAGUUGGGCACAGAAUGAACAUAGAAAGAGCUUUGAAGCAGCUGCUGGACAGAUAAGAAUAGCUAUUUUGCCUCACAAACUUCUGUUGAUAACUAGAGAUGGGCUGGUACUGACAUAUCCCAAAUGCCUUGUCUGUCUGCGAGUGCCAGCAAAAUUGGCGGGGAGGGGGAAAACAGAAAUUCCUGGUACUCAGGUCAUGCAGACUGUCUGCUACAUGCCCAAACACAAACCUAAAGAUGCUAAAGAAGUGGGGCCAUUUUAUUUCAAAGCUGUGGGGAGAUGAUGAGAGAGAGACAAUUGUUAACUUUAAAACUAUUGAUACUGCCCUUGGCUGGGACCAUUGAGUGACAAUUUUCUUUUUAAAAUUUCAGGGCUUCUUUUACUGAAAGAAAAAAAUUUGUUUGUUUUAUUUUAUUCUCUUCUUGACAUUCAGUCUCCAAGCAGGCUUUCUUCCCCAGCCCUUGGUUCAUUUUAAGAGGACAGGUUGCUCCAUUACCACUCAAACCCAGUUUUAUCAGUAGCAGGGAUAUUGAGGUGGGCACAGGAGUCCAUAUUCCUCUUUUUUUGCUGGCAUAGCUCCCUGAUGUGUUGGCAGUGAAGCUGGUUGUUCUGCUGGAGUCAGUCCAAAGGUAACCUUGCUCUGUUUUACCUGGUAUUUCUUUAUUUCUGCAGUGGUAUUUAGCACUCUUCCAAGGUGGCAGAACAAGUUCAGUGCACACUCCAUUGGCACGGCCUGUAGGACAGUGCAGACGUUGAGUGAAGGCUGAGGGGGGCCACACUUAGAGGUGCAGCAAACUGAAGCUAUUUUGAACCUGAGACCCCCCAGUUCUCAACCAGUUCAACUGCUGCUGAGUCAAAAAACGAGCGCCACAAGCCGGGACAAACUUUAGUGUGCAGGCAGCUUUGGGGCUUGACAAUGAGACACUGAGAGAGGCUGAGCCCUGAGAGGUGCUGUUUAAUUCAGUGAGUGGUAAGUGCCUGGGUAUUUUGAACAGCAGGCCGAGUAGGAAGGAGAGGAGAGAUGAAUGUUCCCAUUGAAGUCAGUGGGAAGUGUGCCAGGAUCUGAAGUGAGAGAGAGAUUUCAUCCUGUUAGGAAUGGAAAUGCUUCAGCUCGUUGAGAGGAGGCAGAGAGGUGAUGCCAAGAUGGAAAGAGCUGUUGAGUGUCUGGGGGUGCACGCGUUCCGAGAACCAGGAGGGCUGUGGAGGGAUCCAGGCUCUCAUUUUAUCACUGCUGGCAGGAACUGGCUGUAGACAAGGACAGAGGGCCGGGCACUGGCCCCCAGCCCAUUCCUUGGCAUGAGAGAUGGGAGCACCUGCCAGAAUUCGGGGCUGGGAGCAGGGGCAGAGAAAACUUUCCAGGAGACUUCUGUCAGCAAGGAAGGAACAUCCAUGGCUGGUUUACACAGCUUUGUUUUUUUUUAAAAAAUAUGAUUAUUAUAUUUUUUUCCAGCUUUCAAGUUAACAAGUCUCUCUCUGCAUGUUUGAACUCCCCCUUGUAAUUAACACCUCUGAAUAUCUGUGAGUUUUGUAGGACUUUCAGGACAGAAUAUUCAAGAUGUUCAAGGUGGGUAAAUUGGGUGUGGAUGGCUAAACUGCCUCCCUACCAAACUUUCAGGUUCCCUUACAUUUUGCAAGGUACCUGAACUUUCUUUCCUUGAUAUGGUCCAGCCUAUCUCUAAUUUUUUUAUUAUUGUGAUUAUUUUUUGCUCACAAACAAGUGUCUAAUUAGGUCUGCAACAGCCCUAGUAUGAGUACAUAAAGUUUAGCAUUUUAAAUAUCUUUCUUUACUGCAAGUUUAAAUAGUUGUACAGAUAGUUUAUAAGCACAAUAUUUUAAGAAAAUAAGUGGCUGGUCUACUGGGCAGCCUUUGUGCCACUUCAGUGCUAGGAAGUUAAAAACAGAAAAAAAACAAAAAAAAAAAGAAAAAAGAAAAAAAACUUUUUGUGGUUUACUACUAUUUCUGUGGAAUAAUUAUAAAGUCUUGACCUUUUUAAAAUCAACCUCAUUUGGAUGCAUCUGAACCAGCAGAGCUGUGUUAUAUUUUCUAUCUUUGCUAGAACUUCUACAGAGGAGGAUGAAUAUUUCUUCAAAAGUGGUUACAGUUACCAACGUAUUGGAAACUCGUAAAAAUCAACUUAUUUAAGCCUCCUGCCCCCUUUAUGGAACAGCAAAUCUUUUGACUUAACAUCUGUUACUGCACUCUGUUUGUAUUUGGGUAGUUCCAAGGAACCUUGUAAUAAAAACAAAGCACUGAGGCGUUUUGCUGUCGAGGAGUGCUGAGUUUUUCCAUGGGAGGUGUAGAAAAUGGCAGUUCCACUCAGAUAGGUCGAUGCAGGCAACUUGAGGCCAUCACACACUUUCAGAAGUGAAAAACAAAAAAAGGUAAUUUAGCCAUCGUUUGUCUUCCAUUUGGUGAUAUGACAGAAUUCAGUAAAUAAACCACUGAUGCCAUGCUCUCUUUUUUUAAUUUCUUUUUUUUUGUUUUGUUUCUUUGGGUACAGUUGCUAUUACCUCUAUAACACGUGCCAGAAACACCUUAGAAAAUAAAUACAGUAGAAAAAGAAAAAUGUAGAAGUUGACUUUUAAAGCUGCUUUUUUUGGAUCACAACCUUCCUGUUAGUUGAACUUGCCCUGAGCAAGCGCUGACACGCUCAGUAACUCCCAGGUGAGAUCAUCCCUUUCUCACACAGGUGUGGCUCCUGCUCGUGCAUCUCUUCAGGUACAAAAUGAGCGGAAAAGAGCAGGUGAAAGAGCUGUAAGGGAAUAGUUUUAUUUCUUACAUUGUGUCCUGUGAAGCAAAAAGGUAAGGAGACCUGAGGGGACCUACUUGGACCACCAGAAUGCACCUCUGGCAAGUGGAGUUUGGUCUCCAGCUCUGAGGGGUGGUUUGAAACAAAAAAAAAAAAAAAAAAAAGAAAGCAAUAGUAACAGAUAAUGCCAUGGCCUCCGAGUAUUUUCACCAAGGGGGAGGAGAGAAGACCCAUUUCUUUCAUGCUACUCUGAUAGUGAAAAACAAAGUCGUUAGAGAUCUAUGAUAUUCUGGGUUUUAGGAUCAACUUUUGUUUAUAUACUGUAAUUUAAAUAAAUUGCAUUUACAUGCCUAGGUUCUGUAAUAUUUGUGUAUACAAUACCAAAAUCUUACAAGAUGUAAAUUGUGUAUAACUGCACAGACUCCUUGCCCUAGGUGUCUGAGAACAUUUUAAGUUUAAUUCAUAUAUUAUAAAAUGACUAGAUGUGACUGUUGAUUUACAGGAUUUACAUAUCACAAAGAAGUUAAUUAUUUGUGGUACUUAAGUUAAUAAAAAAUAGUGAUUUUUUUUUCCUUUUCCUCUCAGUUCUUAAGAAGCAUUACCCAGUUGAUCUGGUGAUAAUUAUGUGUAUGAGCCACAAAUACUGAUAAUUUUUCCAUUACAUUUUUUCUUUUCUUUUCUAUAUACUAAUAUGUUUCUCGCUAUAGUUUGUGUAACAACUUGUGUUCACGUUAUCUAUGUUGCUGUAAUUUUUGUGCUUUAAUUCCUCUUAUUUCGACUGAUGAAAAAAAAAUCAAGCUCCUGUAACUUGCACUUUCCCCUAAUCCUUAAUACUCUUGUAUGGCAACCAAAAUUACUGUAAGAAAUAAAUAUAAUAUUGCACUAAGGGUGUGGUUCUGAUUGCAAACAGAGAAGACUGUCUGGAUUUUUAUUAAAAAAGAAAAAAAGUUGCCAAAAAAAGUUGCAAUUUGUUAUUGAAAAAGCAUAAAAUGCUUUCACAAAACGUAGAUAGAAGUAAGGGAAAAUUAUUGCUUUAUUGUUGGGAAAAGCAUUUCCUGUUUAUUCCUUCUCUCUUUUUUCUUUUUCUUUUUUCUUUGGUUAAAGCAUUCCCUAUGCCGAAUGUUCUAUUCAUUUACUGAAUUUCAGGGGUCACACUUGAAAUCUGGAGAAGUAGGAAACUUUGAAGGGGAGAGGUAGAAAACCGCAUUACCUGAUUAUGUUUGCCUUAAGGUGUGGAAUGUGUGGAAUGUUCUUGGUGCUGGGGGGGAUGAACGCACCGAGCUUUAGCGCUGCUGCUGCUGCUCUGCGAUUUCACGAGGCUCUGAAAGUGGAGUUUGGGGUUUCUGUUUUACUGGGGGCUGGGGUUUCUCUGGGCCAGAGCAGCUUUGCGGAGGGGAGGAGGGAACAGCGCUCCUUGUCCGACUUUGUGCAUCUUGUGACUUUGAAUUCUGUACCAGCGGGCUCUGUUUGUACUGUGAAUAAACAAGGCUGCGAAUGGAAAAAAAACCCAAAAAAAAACAAAUAAAAAAAAAAACGCCAAAAAACAAAACAAAACAAAAAAACAAAAACAAACAAACAAACAAAACCAAGGAAACAAUUCACAUCUUUUGGCUUCAGUUAAAGAUUUGUUUUUCUAUCUUUAAAAGGUGAUGCAAUGAAGAGUAUUUUUAAUUUUUAUUUUCUAAGAUAUUGGAAUAAAUGCCUAGAACUGUUGCCAUUUGGUUUCAUAUAUUCCUUAACUAUGAUUCUCUUCUCAGCUGUUGUUCUAGCUCAUCAUUUUUGUAGCCCCCUGUUAUUAUUUCUCUCAUGAUUUUCCAACAACAAUUACUUGGCAGCUUUGUUUUGUUAAAAACAUAAACUUGAACCAGCCUGUUUUAUUUGCUUAUUUCAGGUAUUGUGGCAAACAUCUGUGUAUCUAAAUAAAGUCAGGUAUUUCCAGUGCAAAACAAAGAAUGCUUUACAAUUGUCACUGCUUGUUGGCCAAAGAAACGAGAAGAGCUGAUCAUUGCUGUCGUUGUGUACAUUGUAUCAAUGUGUUCUGCUUUAUUAUUUGGUUUCUGUAAUUUUUUCCUGUUUUGUUUUUUUUUCCCCUGUAUUUUCCUGCAUUUCAUGGACUUUCAUCCCCUCUGUCCUUGGCUGGGCCACCCAGAAUAGCACGAUUAUAACAACACUUCAGAAUAUGUGUUUUUAAAAAACAAAACAACAAAAAAAUUUCACGUGCCUUAUAAUUUUCCACCUGGAUCAGCUACACUGUAUUUCACAUAAAAAGCUUUAUCUUCAAGGUGUUCAGUACCUGACCAUCAGAGAGUGCUGGGGUUGGA